CGCAGCUUUUCCUGUCUGUGCAGAUUUCUGUGUGGUUAUUUUUCUUAUAGUAGCAUUGUGCUGGAUAGUCACUUAAUAGGAAAGGAGGGUUUUCAUUUUAAAAGCAUCAUGAACCACCUACUUUCACAGGGGCACAAGCCCCCUGUGUUGUUGGUGAACGAGCAUUUAAGAUGUCACUGAGCCGUGAAAGAAGAGUAAAUACCUCAACGCUGGAGAAAGUUGCAGCAGACAUGAGCAAUUUAAUAGAGAACCUGGACACCAGGGAGCUCCACUUUGAGGGGGACGAGGUGGAUGCUGACAUGUUGAAUGAUCCGAAAACAACUGUGGGCAUCCCAUUCUCUGCAAUUUAUAACACUCAAGGGUUCAAAGAACCUCAUAUACAGACAUAUCUAACCGGAUGUCCGAUUAAAGUCCGAGUUCUGGAAGUAGAACGUUUUACCUCAACAAAAAAGGUACCAAGUCCAAAUGUUUACACUGUUGAGUUCACACAUGGGGACUUUACGUGGCAAGUGAAAAGGAAAUUCAAGAACUUUCAAGAAUUCCACAGGGAACUGCUGAGAUACAAAGCCUUCAUACGAAUUCCUAUCCCUACAAGAAGUCACACAGUUAGAAGACAGACUAUCAAAAGGGGAGAAGCGAGGCAGAUGCCAAGUCUGCCACGCACGUCUGAGAACAUGGUCCGAGAAGAACAUUUUUCUAGUAGAAGAAAACAACUGGAAGACUACUUGACAAAGAUCUUAAAAAUGCCCAUGUACAGGAACUACCAUGGAACGAUGGAAUUCAUUGGUGUAAGUCAGCUGUCAUUUAUCCAUGAUCUAGGACCAAAGGGCAUAGAAGGUAUGAUCAUGAAACGAUCAGGAGGCCACAGAAUACCCGGUCUGAACUGCUGUGGGCAAGGAAGGGUCUGCUAUCGAUGGUCCAAAAGGUGGUUAGUGGUGAAAGACUCUUUCCUAAUGUAUAUGAAGACGGAUAGCGGAGCCAUUUCCUUUGUCCUGCUGGUAGAUAAAGAAUUCAGCAUCAAGAUUGGCAAGAAAGAGACUGAAACAGAAUAUGGGUUACGGAUUGACAAUCUCUCCAGGUCAUUGAUUUUGAAGUGCAACAGCUACAGACAUGCCCGAUGGUGGGGACAGGGAAUAGAAGAGUUCAUUCAGAAAAAUGGCAAAAACUUUCUAACACAUCACAGAUUCGGGUCAUAUGCAGCUAUACAGGAGAAUACUUUGGCAAAGUGGUAUGUAAAUGCAAAAGGGUAUUUUGAAGAUGUAGCAAAUGCCAUGGAGGCAGCGAAAGAAGAAAUUUUCAUCACAGAUUGGUGGUUGAGCCCAGAAAUCUUUAUGAAGCGACCCGUGGUAGAAGGAAAUCGCUGGAGACUAGACUGCAUUCUCAAGCGGAAAGCACAACAAGGAGUGAGAAUUUUUGUAAUGCUCUACAAAGAAGUGGAGCUUGCUCUAGGAAUCAACAGUGAAUACAGCAAGCGGACCCUAAUGCGUCUACAUCCAAAUAUCAAGGUGAUGAGGCAUCCAGAUCACGUGUCAUCCUCAGUGUACCUGUGGGCCCAUCAUGAGAAGCUUGUUGUCAUUGACCAGUCUGUAGCAUUCGUUGGUGGCAUUGACUUGGCCUACGGGAGGUGGGAUGAUGAUGAACACAGGCUGACCGACGUUGGCAGUGUGAAACGAAUUGCAGGAACAAAGUCCACAUCUACAGUGAAUCUCAUACCUACAGCCGAGUCCACAGAAGCUUUAGCCCUGAAAACUCAGCCCCUGGGGAACCUGCCACAGCACAGAAAUAGUGAUGACAUACUAGAUUCUUCAAGAAUGAAAGGAAUAGGAAAACCCAAAAAGUUUUCCAGGUUCAGCAUUUAUAAGCAUCUCCAGAAGCACGGCCUACACCAUGCUGAUAGUGUGAGCAGUAUAGACGGUGAGUCAGGUUAUUGUAAUCCUAGUAGAAGCCAGCAGAAUUUAAUCCAGAGUUUAAAACCCCACCUGAAAAUGUUUCAUCAUCCCACUAAGUUCAAACAAGGGCUCACUGAGUGUGAGGACGAUAAAGGAUCAAUCCGCAGCUUGAAGACAGGUGUUGGAGAACUUUUUGGGGAGACCAGGUUCUGGCAUGGAAAGGACUAUUGCAAUUUCGUCUUUAAAGACUGGGUUCAACUUGACAAACCCUUUGCUGAUUUCAUUGACAGGUACACCACACCCAGAAUGCCAUGGCAUGAUAUUUCAUCCGUUGUGCAUGGCAAAGCUGCACGGGAUGUUGCUCGACACUUUAUUCAGCGCUGGAACUUCACAAAGAUCAUGAAGCCCAAAUACAGAUCCCUGUCCUACCCAUUCCUGUUGCCAAAAUCUCAGCGAACCGCCGGUGAGAUGAAGUAUCAAGUGCCUGAGUCUGUAUGUGCCAAUGUACAGGUCCUCCGUUCUGCUGCAGAUUGGUCAGCUGGUAUCAAGUACCAUGAAGAAUCCAUCCACAAUGCUUAUGUUAGCGUGAUAGAAAACAGUAAACACUACAUCUAUAUCGAAAACCAAUUUUUUAUUAGCUGUGCUGAUGACAAAGUCGUUUCUAACAAGAUUGGAGAUACCAUUGCUCGAAGGAUUCUUAAAGCACACAGAGACAACAAACGAUACCGAGUGUAUGUGGUGAUCCCGCUGUUGCCUGGAUUUGAAGGAGAUAUUUCAACUGGAGGUGGGAAUGCACUGCAAGCCAUAAUGCACUUCAACUACAGGACUAUGUGCAGAGGAGAUAAUUCUAUCCUGGGACAGUUGAAAGCAGAGAUUGGAGAUCAGUGGAUAAACUACAUAUCGUUCUGUGGACUUCGAACCUACGCUGAGCUGGACGGAAAUCUUGUCACUGAACUCAUCUAUGUUCACAGCAAAUUGCUUAUAGCUGACGACAACACUGUCAUCAUUGGCUCUGCUAACAUCAAUGACCGCAGCAUGCUGGGAAAACGCGACAGUGAAAUGGCUAUCAUUGUGCAAGACACCGAAACCGUCCCUUCAGUGAUGGAUGGAAAGGACUACAAAGCCGGACGAUUUGCUCAGUCACUCCGCCUCCGGUGUUUUAGGGUUGUUCUUGGUUGUUCAACAGACCUCAGUGCUGAUCUUCAGGAUCCAGUCUCUGACAGAUUCUUCAAGGAGGUGUGGGUUGCAACAGCUGCCCGCAAUGCCACUAUUUUUGAUAAGGUGUUCCGAUGCCUUCCCAGUGAUGAGGUGACAAAUUUAGCCCAGCUGCGUGACUUCAUCGCCAAGUCAAAAUUGGUAACCCAAGAUGCUGCAAAAGCAGCAGAAGAAUUAAAGAAGAUUCACGGAUUUCUAGUGCAAUUCCCCUUUCAUUUCCUGUAUGAAGAAAACUUGCUGCCUUCUGUUGGAACAAAAGAAUCUAUGGUACCCAUGGAAGUUUGGACUUAGGGUGAUUUAGACUGCAUCAGAAUUUAAAGUCUGGUUCCUUGGAGACAGUUUGCAUACCGGAUGAUUUCAGGAAGCUUUGUAUUGCCAAGGUAGCCACCAAAAAGGUCUCCAUCAGUCUAAUGUGCCUUUCUUAAGGAUUUUGGUGAAACAACUUUAGACAAAAUGACACUGUUAUGGGGAGGGAGAGAAAAUUUGGCACUGAUGAUCAUUGACAAUUUCUAUUAUUUGAAAAGGACAAUACUUCUUUACAAACAUAUUGUAAGCACCUUAAAGAUGCAGGCCACUUGUAUGAGGGGAGACAAAUCAUAAUGUAUAUUAUUAUUGCCAGCAUGAUCAUACAUGUACAGUGAUUCUGAUACCCAGGAGUUGUAGGCCUGUUUGUGCUUUCUAAAUCUUUGUAUGCUCACAGUUUAUUACCUAGCUGGAUUUACCCUCUUCCUCAUCUCUGUUUUGUAUCCCUUCAAGUAUUCCCUCACUGCUUACAUCUCCAUAAUGGUUGGGAAAUGUGGCCUGAGGCCAAGUCAGGUGUUCCUGUGAUCAUUGCCUAUCAAGCUUAGAUCUUACAUUGCAUAUAUGGCAAAGGACUAACACUCUUAUGUCAGAAUCAGUGGUGCUGUCUCUUCUCCUGGCCCCAGGGGAGACAUUGGUUUUUUCACUACAGCUACAGCAAUCAACAUUCCUCAUGCUCAGCAUGGCACCAUGUAGAUCUCCAUGAGGAGCAAUCCCUAAUGGAGAUUGAGGUGAUGAGAAUCUCCUGAAUUCUGUUUUUUCAGGGUUUGCAGAACUUGUUAGAGCUCAGCAACCUUUUUUCUUACUAUCUAAACUAUAAUUUUUUCCCCAAGGGAGAAUCAGCUUUUUAACCCUACAUUUUUCUAGCUAAAGGAAAGCCUGCUGCUAUGUAUUAGGGAGACAAGGAUCCCAAAAGCUAGGUUGGCAAAGUUGGGUCCUCUGUUUGGAUCACUGUGCUGUGGGUGUACAUUGCAUUAAAUACGUAGAGCUUUCCUCUGCUUUCUUUUCCACUGUUUCAUCUAUAAGGAACAAGAACCCAGUAACAGUUGAGUAAGAGUUGAAAUUUUGAGCUGACGAUGUUCAAAGUUGAUCAAAAUCGUUCAUACUGAGUUUGAUCACCCUCCAGAGGCUAGUGGGGAGAUAGCACUGAACUUGUCUCUGGGACCAGCUCCAGUAAUGGGAAGACAUGGUUUUGAACAGUCUCUGCAAGACAGAAAUGUGACUCCAUGUCAUCCCAAGGACUGAUAAACUCAGUCAGCAUGGUCAGUCUUUUUGCUUUCCAUUUAUUAAUACGAGUAGCACAAUUAAUAAGAAACUCAUAAUACUGGGUUCCUAUCUGGACAGAGUGAGAAGCAGAGGCCUUGGCUACACGGGCGCUCUACGGCGCUGCAACUUUCUUGCUCAGGGGUGUGAAAA